AUGAUAUGUGGAAGGAAGAAUGUACUGGAGGGCCAGGAUCCUGAAACCAAAGACCGAUGUUUCUCGACACUAGAUGAUGAAACGCACCUCAUCCAGUACAUUGCCACCCACCGAGCUAAGGGUGGCGAUGGAAUGAACUUUGACAAGACCUUCUGGACUGCAGCCUCUAAUGAGAUGGAUAAAUGUACUACACAAGGUGUACCAAAGACUAUUGACGCAUGUCAAACAAAAUGGACAUGGGCAAGUUCUUAUCACAUUGCAUCACUCCAUAGCACGUUCAGUGUUGUAGACCCAGUUGCGACCUAUUCUGGCUGGGAGUAUAGUCUGGAGUAUGGCGUCAACAUCACAGCUGAAUCUGAGACAGUAUGGACUGACUACAUGGCCUCAUCAAAAGCUCCUCUUGCUGCAAAGAAGUUCAAGAACAAAGGAUGGAUGCACUAUGAGGCAAUGAAGAAACUCUUGCCAUUGGGGCUCCAAGUCAAGCUACUACUUCCUUGGACCCAAGAUAGCAUGAGUUAUGAUGAAGCCAAUAUACUCGACCAGGAGGAAGCCUUGAAUAGUAUUGAGUCCCCACCUUCACUCCCUCUACACCAGGUACCUCUACUAUUGCCAGUGGCAAAUGAAAAGCAGAUGGAGACUCUGUCAGGGAAGUAUAUCAAGUCACAGUGUGUGGCUGUCCCAGAAGCUUUCCAGAGCAUGUCUAAGGAGAUUCACAAUCUCUCCAACUCCUUUGAUUGUGCAACAGAUGUCAUGCAAGAGCAUCUAACUCAGGUCGCCUUGCACUCCACAUCGGACCCCAUUCCUGUGUGCAAGCAGAAGGCUAUCAUUCAGCUACAGAAGGAGGGUCUGGAGGACAAUGAGAUCAUCAAGAUUAUUAAGCAUUUCCAAGCAGAUGUUGCCAUCACUGAUUCAUACCUUGUCAUUGAGAAGGAGAGCAGCAUCCAGAAGCUUUUCUUAUCAACAUACUUGCAAUAA